CAACUGUUUACCUCACCUUCAACCAUACCACCCAACCGUUGGUGCUGCCUUCAAACCUUUGUGUGGAUCUCACUUCCUCCUCAGUGAAUCCAUCACGAUCCGGCGACAACCUCAACUCAAGUCUGCCUCGAGUUACCAUCGUCUUGGGUGUGAGGCAAACCAUCAAUCCGAUUUACCUUGAUACGGCAACAACUACAUUCGGUACCUCAGCAUAUUCCUCGAUCGAUCAAGCGGCCAUCGCGCUUCUGCUCACGGCGACCACCCCGUGCCCAUUGCUUUGAAGCUUGCGCAAACCCCUAUCGAGAAGGAUUCCGAGCCUUCACCCUGGACCAGUACUGCGCGGACAAUAGGAGACGCCCUCUUGUUCUGGCUGCGUGGUCUAGACGGUAGUAGCAGGGGCACUGCGUUUAAGCACAUUCUGGUUGUAGGAGUGCACUUGAGGAAGCGCAAACACACAGCAGCGGCUAUUGUCAAAAUCUGGACCUCGCGCGCGACCUUAUACCACAUAUUGAUCAAAGGCCAACUUCGACCAGGUCAGACGGAUUGUCAUAUUGCCCGCUCCACGACUCUAGAGCAUUUACAUCAUCGAAGUGGUAUUGAGCUUGUCAGUGGCCCAAGCUCCUCAGGGGCAACGAGAGUAUUCCAAUAUCUCUCCCACAUCCCCCGCCCUGGCAAGCAAAGCUUUGAUUGCCUACUUUCGGCCUGUGUUAUCGACUCGUGUAAUCUUGAAGGCUUGAGUUCGCACAAGCGGGGGCCAUGAUCAUGGAUGCUCCAGUAACUAGCAGUGAUAUCCCAGGCCUCAGCAGCCUGGUAGAUCAGAGAGUCACGCCCUCCCCCGUACCCUCCAUGCAUCUACCAGCGCCAGUACCUACACCUCCACAUGGCCACCAAGAGCCUUUGCAGCUCCAACCACUUCAGCAAUACCAUCAGCUGACCCAGAUGCCCAUCGACCGCGCGGACUCACCGCACGGAUCAGAGCAUUCUCGGUACUCUGCACCACCGAUGAACGGUAGUGCCAUGGACAACAGUCGCCCAUACGGUUCACCUUCAGCAAUGCAUGCUCCACUACAUAUCUCGCCGCCGACAAGUCUUCCCCUGGGCUCAAACAUCUCAUUACCUGCUAUACAGCAGCCGAUUCUGGCACCCGCCCCUCCUGCAAUGAUGUCCGUCUAUCCGCCUGUCAAUCAGCCCCCGCCCCCAGUGAAGGCAUAUCCUUGCAGCACUUGCGGAAAAGGAUUUGCGCGGCGUAGUGAUCUUGCUCGUCAUGAGCGCAUCCACAGCGGCAUCAGGCCGCAUGUUUGCGAUCACCCUGGCUGUGGAAAACAAUUCAUCCAGAGGUCUGCUUUGACGGUUCACAUGCGUGUUCACACCGGCGAAAAGCCACACAUGUGUGAACGUUGCGGCAAGCCAUUCAGCGACUCGAGUUCUCUGGCCAGGCACAGGCGUAUCCACUCAGGAAAACGUCCGUACAAGUGCCCGUACGCUAACUGCCAGAAAACCUUCACUCGACGUACGACACUGACGAGGCAUCAGAACCACCACACCGGCACGAUAGAAGAAGCAGCUUUGGCGACCCGGGAAGCAUUGUCUCGGGAUCCUAAUACAACGGCACGACUAACGCCUGGUGCACACCAUCGGUCGGAUGGAGAGGCCGUUGUCACCUCCAACCAUGCAUCGCCCCUUACGACGCCUUCUCCUGCACACCGCACUCACUCAAUGUCCCCGUCCCAUGAGUUGGCCGGCAUUCACACCUUGCAAACCCAAUAUCCGAACAGCUCUCUCCCGAGCCAUCUCAGAAGCGACGUCCACAUUGCUAGCCCUACAUCAACUACCUCCUCCGGAUACAACGGCAAUCGCCCCACGUCACACCCGAGCGGCUAUGGGCCGCCUUCGGUUCUGGAGCCCAGUAUUGAGACCCGCCCAGGUCCUGGCAGUGCAACCGGGAGCCCUCAUAUGGGCAGCGUAGGCUGGCAGUCUCCGUCGCAUGCGGGCUCUCCUUCGCACAGUGCAAGUGGCUUUGUCUAUCCGGACCCCGAGGCGUAUCCUGGUCACGCCGGCUUAUCAGGAAACUUGGGGUCUCUGUUUUACGGCAGUGCUGUUAAUUCUACGCGAGCUGGAAGCUCUGAACCAGGCCAAGGGGGUGAUUACCCCAAGCCAAGGACCAGUGAACUGUGGGCAUCUGCUCAGUGAGAUAGGGUUGGGAGCUGUCGCGAUCAAAAGUUCCAGGACCAUCUCCUCGGGCCUCAUCUAAACCUUUCGCUGUGAUAGCACCGUUCUGAGGCUAUACGUACCAGCGCCUCAUGUUUGCGCCGAAAAUUAUGAUACUCGCAUUCAGCAGUGGUGUUCCGCAAACCCGUGUUGUUGACAUGCACGAUAAAUCUGCUGACGCUGCAUCAGCUCUCGUCUAAGAUGCCAUCGGAUGAUGAACAACCUAUUCCGGAUUUUCCGGGCUUAUUCACCAUCGACCCCUUUAUGAUUCGAAUUUUUUUGCUAUCCCCUGCGCCACCACAAGGUGCCUAAUAUUGGGUCACAAAUAUACCCGCAACGUCCUCUUUUUCUUUUCGCUCGUUUUCUUAUCAUUUGUUGCAGUCGAUAUACUCCAAACAUAUCUCCCUUUUUUUUUGUCUCUUUCUUUUGUCAAGAAUGAAAUAGGUUUAUAGAACGGGAUCGGUGGACUUCGCAGACGGGAUAAAAUUGGGGGCACAUGCCAUCUUCCAUGAAGCCCGUUGGCUUCGGUGUUAAGGAUUGCACUUUUACUAUUCCGUUAUUAUCCCCUGCCUCUCUUGUUUAUUUUUUGGUUUGUUUUCUUUUAUGCAAACUCUUACCCCCCAAAAAGAUGUAUAGCUGAGUUGGUCAUGCAUUGAGCUUCAGGGGAGGGAAUGGCUCUGUAUUUUUGGCUUCCUGGAAGCUCGAGUGGUGGGUUGUCUACAAGUAUUUAUCAAUUAACCAGUGUCAAGAAGGCAGGCAAGCAAGCCACAUCAUAAUAGCAAAAGCUUUUACUAUG